AUGACUAUUUGGUGCAACUUGUGUAAAUGUCACGUCAGUACUCCUUGCACUUCCCACCAUCUGCCCGCGGAUCACCGGAGCCCAGUCUGCAGGAGGUUCAGAUCCACCAAAGGGGCAUCCAAAGCUCGACGGGACCACAUCAAUCAUGAGAUCAAGAACAUGCGUGCUCUGCUGCCCAUCACCCUGGAGGACCAGGAGCGACUCUCGUACCUUCACUCCAUGGCCGUCAUCUGCACCUACAUCAGGAAGUCUGUUCUCUUCCAGGGGCUCCCAGCUGGAGAGCGAUCACACUGCUCUCUGCCACAUGAGGUCUUUCUUCAAGCCUUGCACGGCUUCAUCCUCGUCUCCACCGCACAGGGCAGGCUGGUGUAUGUGUCAGAAAAUGUAGCCGAGUAUCUCGGGGUUUCCAUGGUAGACGUGCUGCAGGGAGACACGAUAUAUGAUAUGGUGGAACACUCUGAUGUCGACAUUGUUAAAUCAAACCUGGACAUUGAAAACAACUCAAUGUCAGAGCGGAGCUUUAUAUGUUGCAUGAAAACCUCCAAGACCUUUAAGUUGCAACAUGGCAGCUGUUCCUCUAUACUGGUCAGAGGAAGCUUCCAAUUCUUCCCUCAACCCUAUGCAUGCUCCCCUACCACUACAACCACCGAGCCACUGUUCGUGGCUCUCUGCACCCCAACAGUGAACUGCCUGAGGAGCACCGACUCUCACUUCUGUCACAGCUUCAACAGCACACAUGGACUGGAUAUGAGCUUUAUGAAGCUGUCAGAUAGCGUUUCUCCUUUGUUGGGGUAUUCAGCAGAGGAAAUGAUUGGUCGAUCAUGGUACAGCCUCGUCCAUCCUGAUGAUCUGUCGCUGAGUGCAGAUUCUCACAGAAGUUUGAUGCACUCAGAUGACGGCUUCCAGGUGGAAAUGGUGCUGAGAUUCCAGCGCAUGGAUCUGUCGUGGUGCUGGAUCUAUAGUCGAGCCACCAAAGUCUCUGGGGAAUGCCAGACCAUCAGCUGCACCAACUUCAUCAUCAGUGAAACUGAGGCCAGAUUUCUGCAGAAGAAAAUCAGCAGCAUGGCCUUCAAACCAGCAUUUCUGCCAAAUUCCUACCACUGUGCUCAACACCCUCAAAGCUCCAACAAUAAAAGGCAGAGGACACCCAACAGCCAGAGUGAGGAGCCUGGUGCCAGAGAUACAAGGGAGUCUGAGCACGACACAGACUGUGUGGUGAGCGGCUCUUCCCCGAGCUCACCUGCCCUCCUGGGUGAUAGCCCUGCUGUCUUCAUCCCUCCAUACAGCCCCGCCUCCUCCAGCUCCUCUCUGCAGCAGGAGGAGCUCAGCCAUGACAUUCUGAUGGAUGUGCAUGUAUGCACAGAUCAGUGGCUGUGCACCCCUGAGGCCUCUCCCUCCCAUUAUUCCUACCCAGAGACCGGGCUCACCUGUCACCGUUCACCCUCAGACUCCCUCCCUGCAGCCACUCAAACCUUUGACCAACCAUCCUUUGGCACGCUCAGUGGCCACACUCCACCCACCUCAUCAUCGCCAUCCUGUGAUUUCAGAGAUUAUACAUCUGACGCUCGCUUAGUUCCAGACUGUCUCUCUGUGUCCGACAUGUGUGAGAGCCCAGCGGACUGUGCUCUGCAUCCAGAUGAUUUCGGCCUUCUGUUGCAGCCACAAGAGGGCAGCGUUGUCCAACUGCAUCAUGAUGCUCCUGACUUACCCACACAUACCAGUGUUUUUAAUCCCAGCCAGUCUCCCACAUCCCUAGAGCCUAACCAGUAUAGCGAGAGUGAGCAGGUGGAGAUCAGUAUUCUGGCCCAGCAGAUCUCCUCGCUGGCCAGCAGGUUUGACCGGCAUCACACUGUGAAUCCCUAUCAGCAUGUGGUCCAAACUACAGCCACCAACACGAUGCCCUCAGCCUGUGACUGGCCCCCUAAUUCUCCUCCCCCCUCAGUUCGUCUUCCCAAUCCUGCGCUGGUUCUUGAUGUUGCCAUGUUUGACAGCUUCAUGAAAGAUCUGAACAUGUUCACAAGAAAAAGCAGCACACUGAGCGAUACCAACUACCAGCAGGGCUUAGUGUGUAGCAGGAACAGGCACCAUCCCCAUCAGGAGCAGCAGGAGCACAUUGGCUUCAUUGCAGAGGAGCUGCUGGCUGCAGAGCACUUCACCGUGGGCAGCAUCGCCAUAGAUCCCAUCAGUAUGCAGCUGGGACGCCAUGAGCAAACCACUGGGUUGCUUCAACAUCAUCUCUACUAA